GAAGACAAGGAAUCAUGGCAAUCAGCAGGAUUAAUGGUGUAAUGUCUAUUCUUUUGUGCGGAAUGAUUCUUCUAGGUUCCAAUGUGGAAGUCAAGGUUGUCGAGGCUUGCCCACAAUAUUGCUUAGAUGUGGAGUACAUGACCUGCGGUAACUCGGAAACAAAGCUGCCCCCAAGGUGCAAUUGUUGUUUGGCCCCAAAGGGCUGCACUCUUCAUCUUGCUGAUGGAACUUCACAAUAUUGCAGCUAAAUUAAUUCCAUGGUUGGAGUUUGUAAACUAGACCGAUAUAAUAUACUAUACCAGUACUAAAUAAUGGGUAAUAAUUGUCCUUUAAGAUUGCAUUCCAGUUUCCAUGAACGUGGAAGAUAUCUAUGUAGUAUAUCAGUUGUUCAUGAGAUAGUGAAUCAUAUUCAAUUA